AUGUCGCAGUUUGAGCAGCAGACUGUGCCCUCGGCCGGCCAGCAUUACAGCGGCCGGAACCGCGUUCCCAAUGUUAAGGAGUUUAUGGACCAGCUGGACCAGAACAAGAAGCAGCGCGACGCUCAGAUUGAUCAAGAACUGAAUCAGAACAAAAUUCAGGGCGAGACAAAGGAUCACAGACAAAACAGAGCUGAAGCUAUUCGAAAUCAGAAGGAUGUUCGCACCGUGCGUGAUCCGGUUACAGGAAAGGAUGUUGGUAUCCGAGACGCAGAUUUCGAUUACAAGGACGCUGUCGAGAACCCUCAGGCAUUUCCCAAUGAGAACCUAGGAAAGCCUGCCACUAUCGCAACCUCUUCAAAACAAUCUGGAGAGGAGUACCGUUACGCCCAAGAUGUCACUGCGCCCCCAGACCCUGUUCAGGAGGGUGCGACAUCUGAUGUACCCAUCCGAAGCGAGAAAACUUCUGUCGUGUUCUACAAGACUCCUUCGGUGAGCUACGAACCAAUGUUUGCCAUUCUUGAGCAGCGCUCGAAUGUCUUGUGUGCCGGCAUCUUCUGUGCCAUUGUCUUUAUUGGUAAGAUGUUUGGUGGUCGUCUUCUGGGUCUCAUCCCUCUAGGUUUCUGCGUCGCGUCAGGAGUUUUCCUGUGGGCAAAGGAUUUGAUUCGCCAGGGUAGAGAUCUCGAGUGGUCGAGUGAGCAAGACCGUGGCGAGACUGCUACUGCGAACUUGAUCCCCGAGUCAGUUGAAUGGAUGAACACGAUGCUGGGAGUCAUGUGGGGUCUCAUUAACCCUGAGAUGUUUGCUGCUGUUGCCGAUACUCUGGAAGAUGUUAUGGCUGCCUCUGUUCCCGGUGUCAUCGAGAACGUUCGAGUCGCAGAUAUCUCGCAGGGCAACAACCCCAUCCGUAUCCUCAACAUGCGCGCUCUUCCUGACUCCCACGUCCAAGAUAUCAAAGACGAACAGCACCGACAGAACGAGAAGAACACCGACCCCGAGGAGCUUGCAGCCAACGAGCAAGCUGGGUCCUUCUACAACCUCGAGGUUGCUAUCGCCUACCAUGCCAAGCCUUCCGGUGGAGAUAUUGCCUCCAAGGCUCGCAACAUGGGCAUGCAGUUGGUCUUCUACCUUGGUAUCAAGGGACUUUUUGGCGUCCCGCUGCCCAUUUGGGUCGAACUCCAAGGCCUUGUCGCGACUGCUCGAGUCCGACUUCAGUUGACUCCUGAUCCACCCUUCCUCAAGACUCUUACCUUCACGCUCAUGGGCAUUCCUAAAGUCCAGGCUGGAUGCACGCCAAUGAUUGAGAAGGGCGUCAAUAUUCUUAACCUACCUCUCAUCUCCAACUUUGUCAACUGGGCUAUAGGUGCUGCCGCAUCGAUGUAUGUGGCGCCCAAGAGUCUGUCGCUUGAUCUCGGAAAGAUGCUCCAGGGUGAUGACAUCAAGAAGGAGACUUUGGCUCUUGGUAUCAUGUUCGUUCGUAUUCACAAGGCUACCGGUCUCAGCAAACAGGAUGCACGCGGAAGCAAGGGCGGUGGUUCUGACCCUUACAUCACCAUUAGCUGGAGCAAGUUCUCCAAGCCUCAGUUCUGUACCCGAGUUAUCCAGGAUGAUCUCAACCCCGUUUUCGAAGAGAGCGCCGGCCUACUUGUCACUGCCGAUCUUCUCAAGGCUGAUGAGCAGUUGUCAGUCGAGCUCUGGGACAGCGAUAGAUCAUCUGCCGAUGAUGUCGUUGGGAAAGUUGAACUCAGUAUCCAGAAGCUUAUCCAACACCCUGGUAAGAUGUUCCCUCAGGUAUCCAAACUCCGAGGUGUCAAGGCCGAGAGUGAAAUGCCUGGAGAGCUUCACUGGGAAGUGGGUUUCUUUGGCAAGACACAGUUCCGUAAGGCUCUCCGAACAGAUGGUCGGGAUCUCAGUCUUCCCAAAGAACUCGCAGAUAAGCCUGAGCUUCAAGAGAACAAGGGCGCUAUCGACAACGCAGAGGAAGACGCCGUCAUUCACACUCCUCCCGACCCAUUGUGGCCUUCUGGUAUUCUGAGCAUCGUUGUCCAUCAGAUUGUUGGCUUGGAACUGGAAAACAUCAAGGGCUCCAAUGGAAAGCGAAAGGGUCGCGAGUACGAACCAGCCCGCCCAGAAGCCGGUGAAGUGAAGGAAGAGCAAUCCAAGAGUCUCCCCAGUUCAUACUGCACCAUCCUCCUUAACGACGACCUUAUUUAUAAGACUCGAACCAAGGUUGUUUCUUCUCAGCCCAUCUUCAACGCAGGAACGGAAAAGUUCAUCCGCGAUUGGCGUUCCGCUAUCGUCACUGUCGGCGUUCGUGACUCGCGCAACCGACAGCACGACCCUCUCAUCGGUGUCGUUCCCCUUAAGCUAACUGACAUCCUACAAACCAGCAGUGAGUCUACCAGGUGGUAUCCUCUUGAUGGAGGGAUUGGCUUCGGUCGUAUCCGCAUCUCGCUGCUAUUCCGUUCUGUCGAGCUCCGCCUUCCUCCUCCUCAGUUGGGCUGGGAUAUCGGCACUUUCGAGUUUAUGACCAAUGUUAUUACAACCACUGGAUAUGCCCCGGCGAACCAUGUCAAGCUUCGAUUCCGUACUGGUGGCUCCUCCGCCAGCACUGGCAAAAGCUCUUCUACGCGUGAAGCCGACGGCAUGUCUUUCAACAUUAGUGGCGAGAAUAACAGUGAGCGCAUUCGACUGCCAGUUCGUCACCGCUACAGUUCGCCCAUUUUUAUAGAAUUCUACCCCAGUGGUAAGAGACACGCCGACGCCUAUGCCGUCCUUUGGCUUCUGGAGCUGGUUGAUGGUGAGGACAAGGACUUCGACAUCCCUAUUUGGAAGUGUAACAACAGCCUACGGCUAUCCCAGAACUACAUCACAGAAGAAAACUACAGAUCAGUUCCUGAUAUCGAUAUGGAACAAGUUGGACGACUCAGGUUCCACGGCCGCUUCUCUCCGGGAACCGACUCCGACCAUAUCAAGUUUGCGAGCAGCAACGACGACCGUGAGACUAUCGAGACCUGGGAAGCCUGUUACGCAGAAGGCGUGCGCAAGCAGGAUGUCGAGACCGAAGUACCUCCUGUGAUUCAAAAGCUACACGAGGAGUCUUUGACCCAUGGCCGUGACGUUCUCGCUCAGGCUGAUGAGAAACAAAAGGCCAAGUGGUUAGCCAAGGAUGGUACUGACUGGAGUGGCGCCUUUGGCGAGGAUCCUUCUGCUUUGAUGUCAGUGAAGAGACACAGUCAUGACAGCGAAGAAUAUGAUGACUUCGAUGAGAACGACUCUGAUCCUGAUCUUGGCAUCCAAGACGGUGACACUGAGCUAACGGACCCUUCUGAGAAUGGCCGCACCUCAGUUGACAGCACAGGUACCAACGCGACAAGUGCAACCGCCGACUCUCAGGCCAGCGCCAGCAGCAAGAACCCGAUCAAGAAGAUCAAGUCUUAUCGUUCUGACAGCCGCGAUAUGCACCGAAAGCACCGAGGCCUCAUGCAAUGGCGCCCAAUGCGCAACCUCCAAUUCGUAAAGGAUGAAGCCAAGUUCGCCGUCAGAAAGGUGGCCAAGCUUGGUGCACUAGAUGGCCGAAAGCCCGAUGUCGAGACCGAAGUUUAA